CCCCAAAAAAAACACACACACACACACAAUAAACUUGUUUGCUGCCCUAAAAAGUUAUUUUGUUCUUACAGACUCAAAUUAAAGUGGUAGAUGGCUCUAUUCAUACAAUUAAAUGUUUAAAGAAACCAAAUAAAAGAUCUGUUGGAUUUGGCAAGGAUUCAGAAACUCACAUUGUGUGUGUUUCGAAGGAUGUCGAUCGUCUUUCGUUAGGUACAGAAGAAAGUCAAAAAAGGAAAUGGAAUAAAGAUAAAAUAAGAAACUUUCUGGAAACCUAUCUAGCUGAUAGCUGCCCUUACGAUUUGAUUUUUUGCCCAGAAUUUUCAGAAACAGAAAAGUCCUGGAUUCAGAAGUUGGCUUCAAGUCUUCCUUUAAAAAUAACAAUGUACAAUGUUUCCAUGAAAGAGUACAUGGUAAUGAACAAAGAGCUAUCAAGUAUAGAUUUGGCUAAUGCAAUAUUAAUGAGUGGUGGCAAUGUAUCUGCAGACUCAGCACAAGUUGAAAAUAUAUUUGACCUUUGAGGUUGGUAGAAAAUUAUAUCAGUGAGAAUGAAAAUAGACCUAGUUGAUAUCUUUUGAAAGCAUUACAAUAUCCACGUUCGAAAGUUUACAUCCACUCAAAUUAAAUUCACAUGUAUAUCUAUCUCUCUCUUCUGUGAGUAAGUCGGUGCAAGUAUGUGUAAAUUACAGUAAAAAUUCUUACUCAUUUAGCAGUAUUCCCUUUAUUAAAUUAACAAAUAAAUAAUCUCAGCUAAGAAAUGUUCAAUGAGCACCUCCACUGGUCAUGUUUGGAACCAUUAUGUGAUCACAAUUUAUUCCACAAAUAAACACAAGCGCAUUCACAAAUGCAUUAAGGAAUCCUUGCAAACAUGUUUGAAAUGGAAUUAAAGUGUCCAAUUUGUAGUCAACAUUGAAAUUGAAUGGUCCCCUUAAGUGAAUGAAUAUUAUUCAUUAAUAGCCCUUGAAUGGAUUGUUAAGUGAGCACUUAUUCCUAUAAGGGAGGUUGACUGCGCUCUUAAGUGACCCUUACGGUUGUUUUGUCAGCUAUUACCAAUUUAGGAUAUAUUUUUACCAACUGUUGUUGCUGGUGUUUGUAUUCAUUUUGUGUCAGUAAAAAUUUGUAUUAUUGAAACAAUCAAAUAGUAAAACAUUUUAUGGAAAAUAAUAAAGUCUUCAUAAAAUAUAUUGAGUUUUAUACUCAAUACAUCAUGCAUAGUACAAAAAGGUGCAGUAGAGAUGGGAACAAUCAAUUCGAAAUGUACAAUAAUGAGCAGUUCCAAAAGUUUUAAAUAGUUACUGUUUGAAGAUUCAAGGAAAAAGUUUUCAUCACAAAAACAAAAAAAAUCCUUUCUGGGCAGUAAUAUAGAAACAAGUAGUGCUGUAUUUAGUAAAAGAAGACAAG